AUGAAAUCUUUGAGAGCCCUGAGGCUCCUCUCUUCCAAACCCGCCAACACCACUCCAUCCCCAACCUUCCUUCUCCUCUGCCGCAGCUUCUAUGCCACCCAACCUGAACAAUCCGAUCCCACCCACACCCCAUCCUCCUCAGAAUUCGACGCCGAAAACAGCUUCGAUAGUACCCUCUACGAGUUACCCAUUGCCGCUUCGGAUUCCAAACCCCAAAACCCGAUUUGGGACGAGAAGUACAGAAGCAAAGCUGACAGAUUGGUAAAUGCUGAUGAGACCCAUAAAGCAAAGCUGAGGUUUUUGAAGGAGGAGGAGGACGAGAGGAAGCGGAGGCUGCUCGCUAAGGCGCUGCUUGAGGCGGCGCUGGAGAGAGGAGAUGAGGAGGAAUCGGACGGUGAGGAGGAGGUGGUCAAGGAGGAGGACCAGAAGUCGUUGACGGUUGGGAUUAUUGCGGGGCUCCCAAUGCCAAAAAGUCUGCGCUGA